GAUGGCAUCAUCCCCCGCGACAAAGGUUGUUAUUUAUUUAUUAGCAUUUUUUGCAACCCUGAACCCUUUUCCUAACUUAACCUACUUCUCCCAACCUGCUUCGUUAAUAAUUGCUUAGUAUCUAGCUGUAAAUAAAUAAGGUCCACAAUAAAUAUUUUAAACUACCUUUUUAUAUUCCAAUGUCAAUUUGUUUUACAACUAAAUAAUGAAAUGGCAUGUAGGCUACAUGUAGUACAUUUCGAUAACUGCAGUGGAGCAGCUGUGUGGAGUCACACUAUUAUCAUCAUGUUCUUCUUUCUGUAACGUAGUAGCUAUACAAUUAGUUACACGUUCCAUCCCUUGGGAGAGGGGAUAUAAAAAAGUAUUCAUUUAAAUGAUUAUAUUGUAGGCUAUCAUGCCUACAGUAUAAUGCAUAGGCUACUGUAUUUAAAAUGCAUUGCGUGAAGAUCACUGUGUACCUGUCAUUAUAUUAUUCUCUGUUUUGAUGAUGUAUUGGUGCAAAUAAGUAUUUGCAUAGCCCAUGCUUUGAGCAACAUUCUUGCGCACACCUGCAUAGACGACAACGAAACAUUUCGUCAACAGCCUUGCAAGGUGAGGAGAUGGAAUUUUCAAUGCUCUUUCAGUUUCCCUGUUUGAAAUUUCCUUUUGUAUAUAGCCUUAGGAAAUGACAUAUUACCUCAUCUAUGAUAUUUCAAUGAGGGACACUAUAAAGUUAGGGCACGUAGCCCAACGUUUAGAAGUAGUGUUCAGGGAUUUAUCAACUGACUGGACACAUGGCAACUCUUAACGUGUCCUUUGUGGUACAUCUUCUGUGUAUAAUUGUUUUUUACCCGAUUGUGUAUGCUAAAUGCAGUGACCGAAAAGUGCAAAUAUAUUAUCUUUCUCAAACUCGCCAGACCCUCAAUGAUCUUGCCGAGGAGAGGUUACCAAGAGGCUGUAUACCAGAAGCUGAAAGGUUAAGGGUCCAACGUCCAACGCUUCCAAAAGAGGAGGGGGUAAAGGUUUGGACACUGAGACUUGCGUUUCAACUAGCCAGCGAGCUCUUCCAACAAAACCUAACUCUUGUGAAAUGGAAUUCCAUCAAACUCAGGGACCUUCAAGAACUUCUUGCUCGACAAAAUAUGACCUAUUCGGAAUGUGUGAGAGACAUGAGUGUGCAUCUAAACCUUCCAAUUAAGAACUACUUCAAAGAGCUGGAUGACUUUCUUUUACAUGAGCGUUUCAGCGCGUGCUCAUGGGAGGUCGUGAGAGCUGAAAUGGGGAGCAUCAUUUCACAAGCAAUCAAAAAUGCCAAGAAAUACGUGUGAGAGUAGCAUUACUUUUAGUUCAAUUCUGCAUUAAAAUGUAAUUUUGUUUAAUAUAUUAAGUAUGCCACUGUAACCUUUAUAUAUUUAAAUUAUUUAUCCGUGUUGCAAAUAAUUGCAAAUAAUUGCCAUGUACACUAUAAUAUUUAAAUAAAAAGACAAACACGCUUUAUAUUGGGUUAAAUUGUGCUAGCAAUUUUGUAAAAUUGUGUGGUGUGAUGCAACCAACGACCAACGAUGCAAGCAACCCCCCCCCCCCAUUUUAGGGAAAGAAAAGUAUUAGGAUAAAUUCACAUGUGGUUAUUACAGUAGUACAUGGUUUGGUCCCAUAUUCAUAGCACGUAAUGACUACAUCAAGCUUGUGACUACAACGUUGUUGGAUGCAUUUGCUAUUUGUUUUGGUUGUGUUUCAGAUUAUUUUGUGCCAAAUAGAUAUGAAUAGUAAAUCAUGUAUUUAAUGUGUGUCAUUUUGCAGUCACGUUUUUAAAAAUAUAAGGCAGCAGAAUGUGAAAACUUUGCAUAGCUGUGUACUGUAAGAGCGAGCACCAGUGUCAUCGGACCCUCCUCUACGCGUUUCCCCCCUAUGGUCGUGAUUCACCCCACACUGAAGAUAGUGCUUCCGGAGGACUGGUCAUUGGUCAUUGUGGCUCCCC